AUGAGCAUUCAACUCCCCCCACCUACCCACCGCAAGCGCGCGCUGCCCCAAGGUGAGCUCGAAGCUGCCUCGACACUGAAGCUGGGCGCCGAUCAGCACACGCACACCCUCUCCCUCUCCGAAGCACGACUCGUUAUUCACAAGGUGUUGGAGAACAAGCGGCGUGGGGGCAACAAAUACGAAGAGCCAGAGAACUUGACCAAGACUUUGGAUUACCUGGAUGUGUUUGCCCGUUUCAAGGAUGAGGAGAAUAUCAAGGCCGUUGAGCGGUUGUUGAACUCGCACACGGAACUGGAGAUGUUCGAGCGGUCACAGCUGGGGAGUCUGUGUUGCGAUAAUGCCGAGGAGGCCAAGUCACUCAUUCCUAGUCUCCAGAACAAAAUCACCGAUGGAGAUCUGCAGGAAUUGCUAGAUGAGCUGACCAAGCUCCGCAACUUCACCGAGUAA